AUGACAGUCCAAGAUAACUGGAAAGAACCUGUGAAUGAAGAGGCAUUCAAGUCACUGCAAAAAUUAUGCCAGUUUUAUGAGUUAGAAGAAGUAGACAAGCUACGGUUGGAAUUAAAGAUCUUCUAUUCCUCAUUUCCUUGCCUGCCACAGAACACUGCAGCUACAAUGCUCAACCUGAUGAAAGAAAACAAUGUCCAGGAGAGGGUGAAGCUUAGGUUGGAGGCAGAGAUAGCUGAGGUGGUGGCAGAGGAGAAGAUUUUACAACAAUUUGAUGAAGAUGAUAGAGAAAUAACUCCCGUUACUAGGAUAAGGGAGCAUAUAGACCCUGACAUAGGCAGGAGUGAACAACCCAUGAGUUUAGGUGCAGUAGCGCCUGCAGUCAACUCAGGUAGGAAUAACCAAAGGGACUUAAGUUAUGAGGAAGUCAUGCAGGCAUUAAUCUCUUGCAGCCUCAAAAGUUUGAUGCCCAAGCAGGAUAUAGCUAAGUUUGAAGGAGAUUAUACAAAGUAUUUUAGGUUCAUCCACUCAUUUGAUGACGUGUUCAGCAGCCAGUUGACAAAUGAUAAGGAAAGGCUGAGGUAUCUGGAUUUAUACACAACAGGUAGGCCAAAUGAGAUAGUGGCAGCUUGCCUCCACUUAGAUGCUUCAGAGGGCUAUAGGCAGGCAAGAAAAUUGCUGGAGGAGCGAUACAGCAACCACAAGCAAAUAGCCACUACAUACGUGGAUAAGGUAAUCAAAUGGAAGGACAUGGGGGAAAAUAAUGCAGAAGACUUUGAUGAGUAUGCGGUGAUGUUAAAAACCUGCAGAAAUGCAAUUUCAUGUGUCCCCUAUGGUGUUGCCGCAUUGCAGAACCCAAAAACAAUGAGGUUGAUCCUGAGCAAAUUCCCAUCUAGCGUACAGGAUCGAUGGUGUAGAGUUGCUGACAAGAUAAUUAGUGAGAAGAUGAUUUAG